GUUGGAAUGUUUUUGGAUAAAAGACAGCGCCAUCGAAAAUCAGACGUAACGCAACGUUUCGGCGUCACCUCCAAAGCCUUUAUCCGUUUCUACACUAUUCCAGUUCCAAAACCCUAACCCACUUUUCACUCUCAUCUCCGGCGAAUUCUUCCGAUGGGUCUUCUCUCAUGGUGGAAAGGUGGUUCUGCGCCAUCGGAGUCCAAUUCGAAGCCGCAGCCUCCUCCGAAGAACGUCUCUCAGCCGCCCGAAGUCCCUGGCCUUAACGGUGCCGUCGAAGUCCCCCGACCGGCCGCCACUGUGACCGUCUUCGAGUUCGGCUCCGUUUCCGCUUCAUCCGAUAGUGUCACCCUAACCGGUUACUGCCCUGUCUCCGACGACCUCGAGCCCUGCCGCUGGGAGAUUCUGCCUGCAAGCGGCUCCGACGCGCCUCUUUUUCGCGUCGUCUUCUGAGGUGCUUGAGAUGUUUAUGGAAGCCACAAGAAUAUGCCUCAAUGAUUAUUGGUUUUGUUGGCCAGAAGCUUCUUGGAAUCAUUCAAGAGAGUUGCAGUAAUUUGCGGCGUUUCACAUAA